AUGGCUGCGGCCGGUUUCGGCGUUUUUUGCAGAAAAGUCUUAAUCGGCCUCAAGGUUUCCAGGUCGCUUUUAAGUCCUAAGGCCCUAGCUAGCACAGGGUUUUCUCUUAGUCUUUUGCCUAAGAACAUACCAAAUGUCACAUCUUUUCACCAGUGUAGAGUACUUCAUACCACAUUGUCAACAAAAGGACUGGAAGAAUUUUUUGAUGACCCGAAGAAUUGGGGGGAAGAAAAAGUGAAAUCUGGAGCUUCAUGGACCUGUCAGCAAUUAAGGAAUAAAAGUAAUGAAGAUUUACAUAAACUUUGGUAUGUCCUACUGAAAGAAAGAAACAUGCUCCUAACUCUAGAGCAGGAGGCCAAGCGGCAGAGUUUGCCAAUGCCAAGUCCGGAGCGGUUAGAAAAGGUAAUAGAUUCCAUGGAUGCAUUAGAUAAGGUUGUCCAGGAAAGAGAAGAUGCCCUAAGACUUCUUCAGACUGGUCAAGAAAAAGCUAGACCUGGUGCUUGGAGAAGAGACAUCUUUGGAAGAAUCAUCUGGCACAAAUUCAAGCAGUGGCCUAUACCUUGGUACCUAAAUAAAAGAUACAAUAGGAAACGAUUCUUUGCAAUGCCCUAUGUGGAACGUUUUGUCAGAUUGAGACUUGAGAAACGAGCCCGCACUGAAGCAAGAAAGAAAAGUUUAGAGAAAAAGAAAGAAAAAUUUCUUCAGAAAAAGUUUCCACAUCUUUCUGAAGCCCAGAAGUCAAGUCUUACCUAAAAUGUCUGAAUUCUU